UGGAUGGAUGACAACAUAUCUUGACUUGUUCAAAAUCACUUUUUCGUGCUUUUUUUCGUUUGUUUGUUCCAGUUGUUCGGGACUAAAGUGAGGGAUCACGCGGCUCGCGCUGGCGAACGAACCUCCUCGAACAUUCCACGGUGGCAAUUCAUCGACAAAGGGUCGUAGCCCGAAACGUCGCCCUCAUUGACAUUUGGAGCGGCUGUUGUUUUACGAAGGCCGUGUUAAUGAGGACGGUGGUGGGAUUAUUUUUGUUUCUUUGUUUUGAUUGCGAUGCCGAGAAGAUUACGUGCGGUGAUUUAGCAAGAUAAGCAUCGUCCACUAUAUCAACAACAAUAUCAACAACCAGAUCAACAACAAUAUCAACAACAACAUCAACAACAAUAUCAACAACAACAUCAACAACCAUAUCAACAACAGCAGCAAUAGUAACAAGAUAAAGAGAGGAUUAAGAACGUUCGUUUUGAUCGAGCGCGUGAAUUUCUGUCAAAGUUUUUGCAAAUGAAAGAAACACCGAGAUUAAUUAAAACAAACCGCGUGCUGACACACAUCAACAAGAACGGCAACAGUAGCGACAAACAAUAUCAAAUAAACGACGGUAACAAUUACGAUUGAUUGCAUGGACCUCGUUAAGCUUGUGCUGAUUAUGAAUUGAGAUAUAUUUGCAAACCAACUUCGCCGUUGGCAUCUGCUCUAAUCAAAACCGUGACCUGAACAACAACUCAACAACAACAGCAACAAACAACACAAUAUCAACAACUCUGAAAGUAUUCUUGGUUCUUUCGGUAAAGUCACGUAGAAGGGAAUUAAUAAAAUAAUAAUAAUAAAACAUAAUCAAAUACAAUUCUCACGACGUUUCGGCCACAACGCAAGCAGCCGUCCUCAGGUGAAGAACAGGGCUGUCGGGAAGCUUCAAAUCGAAAUUUAACUCUGAAAGUGUUCAUUAUCGGACCCGAGUUGAAAACCUAUUUUUUCAAUAUUUUGCCGUGAAGACUCAAACUCUUCCAACACCACCACCACCACCACCGCCACCACCCACCGCACAAACAAUCCCCCCCCCAAAAAAAAUCACUUCCAAGUCAUCAGCGCUCGGAUGAACCGCACGUACGCUGCCCACUGCGGCCGCGGCGCGGAUUCAAACGAAUCUGGCGGCUAGCCAGCCCCACCAAGAGCCGGCGAACUGACUCCAACUCGCGCGCGAUGCCGGCCCCCUCGGCGCCCUGGUCCAUGCACGCCACCGCGGCCGCGCAGAGGCGAUGCCUCCUCUUGCUGAGGCCUCGCCCCGUCCGGCCUCUCAGAUUCCUGGCCCUUUUGGCUCUCUACCUGUCCGUCGGGAGUCUUCUGCUCUCCCACUCGGCACCCCUCGUCGCCCGUCUCGCCGCCAGGGCUGGGGUCGCUGCCGGGAGUGGUGGUGGUGGUGGUGGUGUUGGUGGUGGUGGUGUUGGUGGUGUUGGUGGUGGUGGGGGUCACGUGGUGGUCUCGACAGCCGUCUUGGAGGAGCCUUCAGGAGCUCCCUUGGAGGGGACCCUGCUGCAGCAGCAGCAGCUGCAGCAGCAGCAGGGGGCUGCGUUGGGCGUCGGCAUGUGGACCUCAAGGGGGUCCGUGUCGGAAGGGACUCACAGAGAUGCUUCGCCCCCCGCCGCCUUUCCAGGGCUACCCCGCGGUGGUGGAGGUGGUGGAGGUGUUGGUGGUGGAGGUGGUGGUGGUGGUGGAGUUGGUCCGGACGAACCCUUCUCUGGGGGGGCUCGCAUCAUCAAGUACCGGCCCCCCUGGAUGCGUCAGCGAGCCGAGGGCAGCGAGCGUCCUCAGGGAGGAUACGGGGGGGCAGUGCAGCCCCCCCUGCCCGGAGUCAUGGGGGGCAGCGGUGGCGGUGGCGGUGCGAGAGCUGCAAGCGAGCAGGACGAGUCCGGGAAAGCUCGUUACGUGGGCUGCUUCGCUGAUGAUCCCAAGCAGAGGACUCUGCAAGGACUCGUGCUCUACGACUACCGGAAGAUGACCCUCUUCCGAUGUCAUGACAACUGCGCCGAUCGGGGCUACCGCUACGCGGGGCUGGAGUUCGGGGCGGAGUGCUACUGCGGGCACCGCGUGCAGGGCCGCAAUGUGAGCGAGGAGGAGUGCAAGAUGGAGUGCAAGGGGGAGCGCAGCUCGGUGUGCGGGGGCGCCAACCGCCUCUCCAUCUACCGCCUGGAGCUCGCGCACGACGUGGGCCUGAGAUACGGGAGUGCAGUCUUCCGCGGCUGUUUCCAAACCCCGGAGAAUCUCUCGCUGGCUCUUCCCAUCGUGGCAAUCAUCCACAACCUCACUGUGGGCGCCUGCGUGGACUUCUGCACUCAGAAGGAGUCGGUGCUGGCUGUGGUGGGUGCGGGCCCGCUGCUGUGCCGCUGCGGAGUGGCGACGCCGCGGUUCGCGCUGCGGGAGCCGCGCGCCGAGCGACUGUGCGCCGCGUCGCGCUGCCCCGGCGAGCCGAGCGAGGCGUGCGGCAGCGACUCGCACGUGAGCGUCUACCAGACUCAGGUGUCCGACAAGCGCUGCGUGGAGAAGCGCUUCCUGCCUGCGCGAGGCCGCAGACUCACGGCCCUCGCCAGCUUCCCCGGAGCCGGCAACACGUGGACCCGUCACCUGCUGGAGCUCGCCACGGGCUACUACACGGGCAGCUUCUACUUCGACGGCUCUCUCUACAACAAGGGCUUCAAGGGAGAGAAGGAUCACUGGCGCAGCGGGCGCACGCUCUGCGUGAAGACGCACGAGAGCGGGCGGCGAGAGAUCGAGGCGUUCGACUCGGCCAUCCUGCUCGUGCGCAACCCCUACCGAGCCCUCGUCGCCGAGUUCAACCGCAAGUACGGGGGACACCUGGGCUACGCCUCCGAGAAGAGGUGGAGGGGGAAAGAGUGGCCGGACUUCGUGCACAGCUACGCGCCCUGGUGGGUGUCCCACGCCCUCGACUGGCUGCGCUACGGCCCCCGCCGCCGCCUCCUCGUGGUGCACUACGAGCGGCUGCGCGGGGAGCUCCACGCCGAGAUGCGGCGCAUGGUGGCCUUCCUGGGCGCGCCGCCUCUCGCCACGCAGCCGCCGCAGACGCCGCAGCAUCACCACCACCACCACCGCCGCCAGCAACAGCAGCAGCGGCAGCAGCAGCGGCAGCAGCGACACAACCAGCAGCUCAACCACCAGCACCACCAGCAGCAGCAGCUCCAGCAGCAGCAGCAGGAGCACCAGCUCCAGCACCAUCAGCAGCAGCGGCAGCUCCAGCAGCACCAGCAGCAUCAGGAGCAGCAGCAGCCCGCUGUCUACUCCAACUCCACCACACCGUCGUCAUCAUCAUCAUCGUCGUCGUCAUCUUCACCCCAGUCUCAAUCGUCACCAACAGCGCCGCCGUCGCCUCUUCCUCCUCCAUCAUCAUCCUCGUCAUCCUCAUCGACGCCCUCGUCCGCGGAGUCGUCGUCAGCGGCGGCGGCGGCGGCGCUGCUGGAGGAGCGGCUGCUGUGCACGGAGGCGCACAGGGACGGCAGCUUCAAGCGCUCGGGACGCCGCAAGUUGGCCUGGGACCCCUUCACGGCGCCGAUGCGGGCCGCCAUCGACGGCUACAUCCGCGUGGUCAAUGACGCUCUGCUCUCGGGGGGCCACGGGCCCCUGCCCAGCGAGUAUUGCUGCCCCCCCAGAUGAUGCGAAGCAGGAGAACGGACGGAGAGGAAGGCAAAGAUUCUCACACCCCCCCCACUUCCCCCCCCCCCCACUUCGUCCUCC